GCUCAAAAAAAAUCCCGGCAAAGUGCAAACCGCCCAAAAAUGGCUUCCCCAGCAAUGCAGAGAUCAUCAAUCUCAUCUUCGCCCCUCCAGCGGCUCUCAACUUUCAAAGACAGAACCUCUAAUCUCCCACCCAUCGCCACAUCCUCUGCAACUCCCACCUCCGCAACUUCCACUACAACUCCCCUCCCUUCCUCCACCACUUCACCUCUCGACGCCUUCGCUUCUGAUCCCGUCUUCUCUGCCUUCCUUUCCUCUGACUUCGAUUCCGCUCGUUUCUCCUCCCAAGCCCUAAGUUCUGGUUCCGCUGCCGCACGUGCCGAAAAGCUCGAAGAAGGGAUCCGCCUCCUCGAGAAACAGCUCCGAUCCGAAGUCCUCUCUCGCCAUGACGAUCUCCUUGGUCAGCUUUCUUCACUGAAAGACGCCGAAUCCUCUCUCUCCAUCGUCCGAUCCGGCAUCUCCACUCUCCAGACCUCUGUCCGCCGGGUCCGCCAGGAGAUCGCCGAUCCACACCGCCAGAUCCGGCUCAAGACCGUCCAGCUCUCCAACAUCCACAACACAGCCGAACUCCUGCAAUUCACCGUAAGGGUUUUGCGCUUAUCCAAGAAAUUGCGAGAACUAAUGGCCGCGGCUGCCUCUGAACCUGAGAAAUUGGAUCUCUCUAAGGCUGCUCAGUUUCAUCGUGAGAUUCAGACGCUGUACGAGGAGAACUCGCUGCAGGGUAUUGCGGUUCUUGAUGAGGAAAUGAGUUGGCUUUCGGAGACUGGGAACCGGUUGAGAUCCGAGGCGAUGAAAUUAUUGGAAAAGGGUUUGGAGGGGCAGAAUCAGUCUGAUGUAGGUAGUGGUUUGCAGGUUUUUUAUCAUCUUGGGGAAUUGAGGUCCACUGUUGAUGCGUUGAUUAACAAGUAUAAGAAUCAAGGUAUGAAGUGUGUGGCUUCUGCUCUGGAUAUGAAAGCGAUUUCGGCUUCUUCUGGUGUUGGGUUUGGACCUGGAGGGAUACAGAGGAGUGGGACUCCUCAGAUUGGUGGCGGGGCGAAGGCAAAGGAUGCGCUUUGGCAGAGGAUGAAUAACUGUAUGGAUCAGAUUCGCUCGAUUGUGGUUGCUGUCUGGAAUUUGCAGAGGGUUUUAUCGAAGAAACGGGACCCUUACACGCAUGUCUUGUACCUUGACGACGUCAUGCAAGAGGGUGAUCCAAUAUUAACCGAUCGAGUUUGGGAAGCCAUUGUGAAAUCCUUUGCCAGCCAAAUGAAGUCUGCUUUCUCUACUUCGAGUUUUGUCAAAGAAAUAUUUACUCUAGGGUACCCUAAACUCACCUCUAUGAUUGAGAAUCUUCUUGAAACAAUUUCACGUGAGACAGAUGCCAAAGGGGUUCUACCAGCAAUCAGUCCAGAAGGAAGAGAUCAGAUGGUUGCUACCAUUGAUAUAUUCCAGAGAGCUUUCUUGGCCCUUUGCUUGGGUCGCUUGUCGGAUCUUGUUAAUAGUGUCUUUCCAGUGUCUAGCCGGGGAAGUGUUCCCUCCAAAGAUCAGAUCUCAAGAAUUGUGCUACGAAUUCGAGAGGAGAUUGAAGCUGUUAAACUGGAUGGGCACUUGACUCUUCUUGUCUUGCGUGAAAUUGGCAAAAUUCUUAUAUUGCUAGCAGAAAGAGCUGAAUACCAGAUAUCUACUGGUCCUGAAGCCCGUCAAGUGAUGGGUCCUGCAACUGCAUUACAACUCAAAAACUUCACUCUCUGUCAACAUCUGCAAGACGUUCAUACUCGUGUUUCAUCAAUGGUAUCAGGGCUACCAAAUGUUGUGGCAGAUGUCUUAUCUCCCUCUUUGGGUGCUAUAUAUAGUGUUGCGUUUGAUUCUGUGACAUCUUUAUUCCAAGCGAUGCUUGAUCGUCUUGAGGCUUGCAUCUUGCAAAUUCAUGACCAGAACUUUGGUGUGCAUGGCAUGGACGCUGCUAUGGACAAUAGUGCAUCACCUUACAUGGAGGAAUUGCAGAAAUGCAUGCUUCAUUUCCGUAGUGAAUUCCUGUCUAGGUUGUUGCCUUCUACGGCUAAUGCCAUCGGUGCAGGUACAGAGAACAUAUGCACUACACUUGUCAGGAGAAUGGCCUCGCGGGUUCUGAUAUUCUUCAUCAGGCAUGCUGCUCUUGUACGGCCUCUUUCAGAGUCAGGGAAGCUGAGGAUGGCCAGAGACAUGGCUGAACUAGAAUUAGCUGUAGGCCAGAACUUGUUCCCAGUACAACAGCUUGGUGCACCUUAUCGAGCCCUUCGUGCAUUUCGGCCUGUUAUCUUCUUGGAAACAUCCCAACUGGGAGCUUCGCCACUACUUCAAGAUCUUCCUCCAAGUGUCAUACUUCAUCACCUCUAUUCUCGAGGUCCUGAUGAGUUGCAGUCACCCAUGCAGAGGAAUGGACUUACACCUUUGCAGUAUUCACUCUGGUUGGAUUCGCAAGGGGAAGAUCAGAUUUGGAAAGGCAUCAAAGCAACUCUUGAUGAUUAUGCUGCAAAAGUAAGGGCUCGGGGGGACAAGGAAUUCAGCCUUGUAUAUCCUCUCAUGUUUCGGUUAGGAUCAUUGUUGACAGAAAAUGCUCCAGUGUCACAAAAGUAUUCAUGACCAGCUAGCUCCUUCACAUAAGUGCGAUUUUCAGAUUAUUUGGGCCUUCAGCAGUCCUAGUUUUCUUUUAGGAAGCUGUGCCAGAUUGUAUUGUUAAAGCAGUUUUUGGUUCAACAGAGUUUUCUGCCAAUGGAACUUGCUAGG